AUGGCAAAUUACAAUUUUGUCUGGUCUGGUCCAAAAUUAACCGCAGAGUUAGAUUUCAGUUACUGGGAAUUGUUGAUGACAACAUAUUUAAAAGCUCACAAUGUUUGGAGCUUUGUAGAUCCUGGUUUACAAGAAGGAGCUGAUGAAGUUGCUCGUAGAAGGGACCAGUUGGCACUUUCACAAAUUCAUCAAGGAAUUGAUUACUCAAUAUUUGGCAAAAUAGCAAAUGCCAAAACUGCUAAAGAAGCAUGGGACAUAUUGAAGCUGUCACAUAAAGGAGUAGAGAAAGCUCAGAAGUCCAAAUUACAAUCGCUGCGUAGAGAAUACGAAAGGUACGAAAUGUCUAAUUCAGAAACAGUAGAACAAUAUUUUUCUCGUGUUAUAAAUCUCGUCAACAAGAUGCGAGUAUAUGGAGAAGAUAUUCCAGAUAGCAAAGUGGUAGAAAAAAUUCUACGUACGAUGCCGAUGAAGUUUGACCAUGUGGUGACUAUAAUAAUUGAGUCCCACGAUACAGAUACUCUGUCUGUAGCAGAAUUACAGGGAAGCAUUGAAAGUCAUGUCAACAGAAUAUUAGAAAAGACCGAAAAAGUGGUAAAAGAAGAAGCUCUAAAGAGUCAGGUGAAUUUCAACAACACUUCUGAGUCAAGUCAUAUUGUAGAAGAAAGAGGUCAAAAUACUUUCAACAGAGGAAGAGGAAAUUAUAGAGGCAGAGGCCGAGGAAAUUAUGGAGGAAGAGGACGUGGCAACUUUAACCAGUUGAGAGACAAUAAUUUCAAUCCAUCCAAUCAAGGAAGAGGUGGAAAUAAUUUUGGAUACAACAAUCGUGGUCGAGAAAACAAUUUUGGAUUCAACAAUCGUGGUCGAGGAAGAGGUAUCUACAACCAAGAAAGGACGAAUUAUAGUUGUUAUCACUGUGGAAAGUUUGGACACAAAGCAUCUGAUUGCAGAUACAAACAUCAGGCAAAUGUGGCAGAAAGUUCGUAUCAAAAUACAGGUGAGUAUUUUGAAAAUCCACAAAAUUUAUUUUUGGCCAGUAAUACAUUUUCUGAGGAAGAGGAUAUUUGGUAUCUGGAUACUAGAUGUAGUAAUCACAUGUGUGGGAAAAAGGAAUUAUUUUCUUCUCUAAACGAAACGGUAAAAUCUACCGUGAAGUUUGGAAACAAUUCAAAUAUUCCAAUUUUGGGAAAAGGCCGAAUUGCUAUCAGGUUGAAAGAUGGAACUCAAAACUUUAUUGGUGAUGUUUUCUAUGCUCCUGGUCUUCAUCACAAUCUCCUGAGUAUGGGAUAA